CAUCCAAUUCUUUAUCACGCACACAGCCAAGCUAUAUCCUUAUCAAUCGGUCGACCUUUUAAAUUUACACAGAUAAUAAUGUUGACUCUAGCAGUUCUAUUGUCCACCCUUUUCGUUGGUGCCUUUAGUGUCUGUCCGUACGGGUUUACUCUCCAUGGAGGUUCCUGUUACCUGGUGGUAGGACUGAACUCAACAUGGAUAGAAGCUAAGAAAUAUUGUGAUGUGGUGGGAGGCGACCUAGCUGUGGUCGAGUCCGCGGAAGAGGAGACGUACCUGGUCAACAUAUUGAAGCAGAUUGACACCGCAGGAACAAUUUUUCCGGAGAAUUACUGGUUAGACGGAACUGAUGUUGUCAAAGAGGGAGAGUUCCGAUGGAUGGGAAAAAAUGGAAAUUCCAUUCCAAUUUCCGGCUACACCAAUUGGUCCCCGGGGCAGCCUGACAAUGCCGGUCGUACAGAGAAUUGUCUGGAGAUACGAUUUUCAUUCAGCAUCCUCUGGAAUGAUCUAGACUGCAAUACCAAGCAAAAUUUCAUCUGUGAAGCCAGGUAG